UAUAAUAUUAGUCAAAUGUAACAUUGCCGUUUGACAAAUUUCAUCAUAAUAUUUGCUACAAGAAACAAUAAAUAGAUAUUCUAGAGCUUUUUCAAAAAUUUCUAGAUUGUUAAUUGUAGUAAGAUAUCCAAAAUACUUGACAUAUAGCAUUUUAACUUUGCGAUUCUCUUUUGUGAAACAAGGCCAACUUGUAACUAUAUGCUGUACACGAGAUAUAUCUGUUCUCAUCUGUGUUUGAAGUUGCACAUGCGUCUCUUUUUGAAGGAAGAAGAAAAUGACGAUGAUGAAGAUCUUGAUGAGAAAAAAGAAGAAGAGCAGGAAGAUGCUGGUCAAGAGAAGAAAACCACUGUGUUCAGGAGAUGACGUUACAGAUGAUGAUCCUGCCGAUCUCUUUGAUACUAACAAUGUUGUAGUUUGUCAAUAUGAUAAGAUAACAAGGAACCGAAAUAAAACUUGAAGGAAAUGAAACAUGGAAAUUAUACUUGAAGAAUGGUAUUAUGAACUUAAGUAGUAAGAACUUUGUUUUCCAAAAAGCCAAUGGAAAUUCUGAGUGGUGAAAUAAUACUAUGUGCAGUGUUGAUACAGAAAAAUCUUUUUUAAUUGAUUAUUGCUGUACACGAUUGACUCAAAACAGCUCUGCUGUUUUUUAACUACACAUUUGCGAGUUAAUUUUGGUGUUGUCUUGUUUGUGCAAGAUACCUAUGCGUGAAUGGUCAGUGACAUUUACUACAUACCUUUGCACUUGCGUAACUACAAAAAUUACUCUGAAUUUAAUACUAAUGAUUUAUAAGAAAAAAAUACAUGUGCAGUGUUGAUACAGAAAAAUCUUUUUUAACAA